UAACGGUCCGUGUUAAAAAAGAUAAUAUAAUGGCUAGGGUUAACUAUACUUUAAAAAUGUACAGUAUAAGUGCAAUAAUGCUCGGUCUACUCCUGCUGCACUGUCCCUCUCCCCAACACCAGCUCACAGACGGGUUUGAUGAGUGCCAUGCUUCAGACUAGAGCUCCCCAUGUGUUUGAAUCCUGCAAUAACAGCGGUUUGGGGUGUGCGCACACCACGUAGGACGGGGUGGAAGCGAGAUGAGAAUACUAAGCAGGCACCUCAUGGCUCAGCAUCAGCACCGGGCUGAGUUAGGAUUUGCGCACCCUCCAAACUUGGCUUGGGACCACAGCAUGUGAACGGGCUUUGCAGGAAGAGGAUCCACCUAUGAUGUCAGCUCUGAAGAAGGUGUUGCCAGGCAUACUGAAGAAGCAUUGCUGUAUCAUACCAGACAGGAACACAGAAUCACAGUGCACACUGUGUGGUGAACCAGAAGACCAGCAGUAUUCAUGGUCGCCCACGCAGUACUUCGAUGAGGACAGCUACUCCCCUCCACCCAGGAACAUGAAGGGUCUCUCUGGCGGCCGCCCUGCCCAGCUCCAGCUCACCUCUCCCAUCUCAGCCCACACCUGCGGCCUGGCUGAAUGCGACCAUGCCCUGGACCAUCACCUCCACUAUAGCAACUCACGCCCCCCCUCCUACCUCCUUAGCCCCACAGAGAGCUGCCCCCUUGAGAGUCACCACCGCUGCUCCCCGCGGAGCUCCAUCCACUCUGAAUGCAUGGUCAUACCAGUUUCCAUGUCGGCCACGGACCAUUCCAUGUCUAGUAGCACUUUCCCCCGCAUGCACUACGGCAGCGCAACGCGGGAAAGCGGGGGCAACAACUCUGGCAGCAGGGACCCCCGAGAUGACGGUGGAUCGUCCUCGCACGGUGGCAGCGGCAAAAUGAACAGAAUCCCAGCAAACCUCCUCGACCAAUUUGAGAAGCAGAUGCCGCUGCACCGGGAUGGCUUCCACACGCUGCAAUACCAACGCACCUCCACUACAACCACGACUACAGAGCAACGCAACGAAAGCCCGGGGAGAAUACGCCACUUAGUCCACUCUGUACAGAAGCUCUUCACAAAAUCGCACUCACUGGAAGGUUCCUCAAAGAUGAACGGUACCAAAGGCGACUCGCAGCGGGACAACUCGCACCAUCACCACCACCAAGGCCACCAUAAACACAGCAAACGCAGCAAGAGCAAAGAACGUAAAUCUGAAGGAAGCGGCAAGCAGCGCUCAGGAGGUUGGUGGAGUUCGGACGACAACCUGGAUAGUGACAGUACGUACAGAACACCCAGCGUCAUGUCACGGCAUCCUGUGGAGCACAUCGGCCACUGUUACCCUGACUCGAUACAUAGUCACCUAGCUGGAGACCUGUCCCUCAAGACAUCCAAGAGUAACAACGAUGUCAAGUGCUCCGCCUGCGAGAGCAUCAGCAUGGCGCCAGAGGGAAAGUUCAUGAAGAGGAGCUCCUGGUCAACGCUGACGGUCAGUCAAGCCAAGGAGGCCUACAGGAAGUCCUCACUCAACCUGGAGAAGCCUAUGACACCCAGCGACCUCAAGUCCAACAUCAGGCCCUGCCAUUAUCUUCAGGUGCCCCAGGAUGACUGGGGAGGUUACCCUGGCGGCGGGAAGGAUGAUGAGAUCCCUUGUCGUCGGAUGCGGAGCAGCAGCUAUGUUAAAGCCAUGGGGGACGAGGAGAGCGGAGAGUCGGACUCCAGCCCCAAGACAUCGCCUCAGAAGGUGGUGCGGCCCGACGCCCUGGUCAAAGCCAUCAUCAGACCCAGGGAACUGCUGGACUCCCACAGCUCUUUCCGCCUGGAUAAAAUCAACAGUGACAUGCGUAACUACAUCACCAAUUUUGCGGCAGACUUAAGUCAGAGCUACCACUUGCAAGCCACCAGGGACAUGCACCCAAGCAUUGCCCUGGAUCCCUCUGCCAACUACAACUCUCCCAAGUUUCGCUCCAGGAACCAGAGCUACAUGCGGGCAGUCAGCACCCUCAGCCAGGCUAGCUGUGUUAGCCAAGUGAGCCAGGUGAGUGAGACAGAAAUAAACGGCCAGUUUGAAUCAGUGUGCGAGUCGGUGUUCAGUGAGGUUGAAUCCCAGGCCAUGGAGGCGUUGGAUCUGCCCGGCUGCUUCAGAACUCGGAGUCACAGCUACCUGCGAGCCAUCCAGGCCGGCUACUCCCAGGAUGAUGACUGCAUCCCCCCCAUGGCGUCCAGCGUCGCCUCCACCAUCAGGGCUACCACAGGGAUCCAGUUCUGCCUCCCCUCCACCUGCAGCAUUGACCGGAUCCCCCAACAAACCCCAGCCAUCACCUACACAUCCAACUACAAGAAGACCCCUCCUCCACCGGUCCCGCCCCGCACCACCUCCAAGCCCCUCAUCUCCAUCACGGCCCAGAGCAGCACCGAGUCCACCCAGGAUGCCUACCACGAGGGGAGGCACCCUCACGGCGGCAUGUGGGCCCUUGACGGCCUCUGCCUGGGGCUCAACCCGGGCAGGGGCCUCUACAACUCCACCGACAGCCUGGACAGCGCCAAGGCUGUGACCAUCGCCAUGGAGGCGGCCGGAGUCAUGUCUGGAAAACGACACCCGUCCACAGACAGUCACAGCUCGGUGCUCACCUGCGACAAGGCCAUCCUGGUGUCCAGGGCUGAAGAGUACCUGAAGACCCCCAGGUCUUCUAUAGGAAUACAGGUGGAAGCAGCCACGGACUCUGAAUCUGAAAGCAAAGGUUUGCGGGAGUACCACUCCGUUGGGAUCCAGGUGGAGGACAAUAAGAAAGGACAGGGCAGGUUCAAGCGCUCCAACAGUGUGACUGCUGGUGUGCAGGCCGACAUGGAGCUGGAGGGCUUCCCCACCAUGGAGGACAAGGGUCUGCAGUUCGGUGGGGGCUUCCAGCGACACUCAGAGCCCAACACGCCCAGCCAGUGCGGGGCGGUACGGACUGUACGUACCCAGGGGCUCUUCAGCUACCGCGAAGAUUACCGUACCCCCGCUGAACCCGCCAGCCCCAGGGAGACCACCAGCGAGGCUCCCUGGCAGCUGGAGCCCCCCUCCCCAAGGGAGAGCGCGGCUUCACCGGGCGAGUCUGGCAGGGCGCCCCCCUCCCUGAGGAGGGACGGGAGCUGGUUCAUGCAGCUGCUGCACACAGAGACCAAGAGGAUCGAGGGCUGGUGUAAGGAGAUGGAGGCCGAGGCUGAGGAGAACGACCUGACGGAGGAGAUCCUAGGCAAAAUCCGAAGUGCGGUGGGAAGCGCUCAGCUGCUCAUGUCUCAGAAAUUCCAGCAGUUCUACUGGCUGUGUCAGCAAAACCUGGACCCCAGUGCGAUGCCGCGGCCCACCUCUCAGGACCUGGCCGGGUUCUGGGACCUCCUGCAGCUCUCCAUCGACGACGUCACCAUGAAGUUUGACCAGCUGCAGCAGAUCAAGAACAACAACUGGAGGGUCUUAGAGAGCCCGGAGAAGAAGGUGAGGGAUCCCCCCUACACUGAACCCAAACAAGCCCCACCGGCUCCUGUACCAAAGAAGACAAUUCGACAGAGGAGUUUGGUGACACGGGAGAAAUCCCUGGACCUCCCGGACCGGGGACGGCAGGAGGCCCGGCGGCGGCUCAUGGCAUGCAAGCGCGCGGCCUCCUUCCGGCAGAACUCAGCCUCGGAGCGAGCAGACAGCAUCGAGAUCUAUAUUCCCGAGGCUCAGACUAGACUUUAAAGAGGCGGGGUCCAGGGUCGACACGUCUCCCUGCGCCCACGUUCAAACAACUUUAAAACUAGCCUUUUUUCUAGACUGCUACUCUCUCUACUCUUCCUUUCUUCAUCUGUUGUCUGAUCUCAAUAGCCAUCCUCAGAGCCCAUCGCCAACCCCAUUGGUCUGUAGGAUGUGCCGAGCCUCUUCUCCCAUUGCCAGGAUAAGUGUUAGCAGAAAUGUAUGUCUGACAUGGGUUGGUUGGGUUUCUCCUUGGUUUGCUGGGCGUUGUGAUCCCCAGCCUACACACUCUCUCAUCCAAUGUCCUGGAUGGGUAAGGCUGUAGUUUUUCAGCAUUUUGCAAAGUGCCAUUUAAAAAGUGCAGCUUUGAAAACCUACCAGCAACCAGGCCUUUGAGCUAAAACGAGUAAAUGAGAGAAACUAUAAUUUAUUUAAAGUUCAAAAAUUGUCAAAGUGAGUUAACCCUUCAGUAUUUUUCAAUAAUUUUUGUUUUGUUUUGUUUCUCUGGUCUUUUUUGGGGGGUAAAUGUUAAUUACAAGCUAGAUAUCACAAAAUUGUUGUAAGUUCAAACACUUUGAAAAGUGCCAAUGCUUGAAAUACCUCAACUACGUGCAUGUGGCACUGAUCACCCACUCAAGGUUAUUCAGGCAGCCCUUAUAAGCUCUGGACUGGUCAGUGUUGAAAAAUGCAGCUUUCUACUCAAUCUGGUUGUGGUCAAACGUUUUUUCUCGGUCUGGAUUGGUGGAAGGACUACAUCUGUCAGCUCAUCAACAUGCACAUCUCAAAAAACGUUCCUAUAUAUCUCAUUGCCAACUUUCUAAUAUCGACAUUUACUUGAAGCUGAAAACAUGCAAGUCUUGUGCCAACAUUUUCAUUCUGUCGAUGCAGUAGAAAAAAAACUAUGAAGGUUUGUGUAACUCCUUAGAUCAAAAUGUGUAGACAAAUGCACUUAUGCACUUAUUACAAUUCUCUCUAUUUCCAAGGGAAAUGUACAUACCCACAUUCACAAUAGUACUGUUGUAUUUUUGAAUUGUGAGCGGGAAGAAUAUUCAUCUUUUAUUUUAUUUUGUUCUCAUGUUCACUUCUUGUCUCUCUAUUGCUUUUGACAAGUCUAGAUUUGUUGCAAAUAUCAAUCACUUGAACAAAAAACAAAACUGCUGUAUUUUCAUCUAAUAAACCUCUCUCAGGCUCUUUCAAGUCUCAGCCACAGUUCAUCAGGAGUGAUAGGAAAACUGCCAAAACCUAAACAAAAUAUCUGCUUAUGAGUUUCAGUCACCCAAUAAGUGAUUUGUAAUCUUCAUAUUCCUUGAAAGCUUCUGUGUAGAUAAAAGUCCCCUGAAGAACUAUCAUAACUGCAUUCACCGGGCAAGGUUGGAAAUGAAUGAAGCUAAAAUGAUGCGAGCAGCAAGUCUCGAAUAACUUAAACAUCACAAGUUUGUUGAAACACAUAAGGAAUAAGAUAUUGUCUGUGGCUGUGCAGACCAGUGUGGGAUGUUGUGUCACAAUAUGAUGGAUUAGUUUGAUACAUUUGACUUUGAAUCCCAUCAUACAGUAGUUUUGAGAUCAUAGUCAAUUGCUCCAGCUCCUCUUAUGUUCAACCUUAGCCUACACACAGGGCUAAGUGAAGGUUUCCACAUUAUAUUAAAACAAGUUGACUUCACAAACAAAUCUUGUUUGUAAUUAGUUACACACAAACUACUUGCAUAUACUAACUGGCUCGUAUAACUAGCCCAACCUAGCUAGCUGAACCAAAUGGCAAGCACAUUUUAGCUUGGUAACAUACAGUAUGACACAUUGAGCUUGAGUAGUUAAAUACUUAAUAUCAAAUGUCUUCAAUGUCUUUUAUCAAUAAGGUAAAAUGUUAACAUUUUUAAGGUCAUAGAAAUAACACAACACAUCUCACAUUUAAUAAUCGUAUGCUAAUAACGUGCCGGCUAAUAAUUAUUGUUAGCAUAACUUGUUGGCUAAAUUGAUACUUAGCAUAGUCAGAUAUUGCCAGCCAGCAAAUACUGCUAACUCGGAAACACAUUUCUAUUUUAAAUACUGAAUGCUUACUAGCUUAGACCUUUUUGACAGUUUGUAUGGUGCCAUUUAGUAAAUCACCAAUUUCAAUUAAGCCAGUUGUUAAUAAGAAUUUAGCAAGGGUUGACAUACACACAUUUAGCAAUGGAUAUACGAAUAACUGGUGCUAUCUAGUCAUGAUACGUAAUGUAAAAGUGGAAACCUGAAGUUAUGGGCCUUUAGACCGGAGUCUGUAUUGGUUAUAUUGGUAGAAUUGACUUCUAGGCAGUUUUAAGUAUUUCACCCAAAGGUAAAUUCAUCUUAAGACAGAUGCAAAAAUUCUGCACUUUAUUAUUCAUUUUUGGUGACAGAAUAUCAGUCUCAAUCACGUUGCCAAUUUCACCUUGCUAAUGCAGUGAAUGUGCAGUAUUCAAAUCACUGGCCUAAAAACUGGCAUCUCUUGGUAAAAUUGGGUUAAACAUUGGAUAAUCAACAAACUAAAUGCUACUGCUCUUUAUUCAAUAAAUACAGUACUAGAAAAACAAUCAGCUGAUCAAUACAUUACAUUUUGGUUGAGCAAGUGUGCCAUCGUUCGUUAUGGGAUGUGACUCGGGAGAUUUAUCAGUGACACAAAGUACAUUUCUCUCAAUAUAUAUAUUUUAAUGCAUACAUGUUUUGUUGAUUUAUUUGUGUGUGAAUCUUGUUUUUGUAGCACAGUGCUGACAUUCAGAGAAGAGAGGUUAAAUCAGGGGUCAACGUGGCUUAAUUUCCAUUACUACCCAACUGUGGCCUGACCUAUACAUCUCUCUUACAGACACUAACACACACACCCCUCUAAACCAUACGCUUUCUCCUGAAACAUAUUUUGGUUACUGAACCAUACAUUAUAAUAACUUUUUUUUGUGUGCCACAAAUUGUAUUUAUUUAUCAAAUACAUUCCGAUGUUUUGAUCAUAUGCAGGACUCACUGUGUGAGAAUUCAGGCUCUCAGUGUGUUUUACUUACAUUCACCAUAUCAUGAUGCGUGAGACAUCGUUUAAAUAUAAAUUCUUGUAGCAGAGCUCAGACAAUACAUUUCAGAGAGCCAACAAGUAUACUCAGUCCAACAAAUCACCACCAAGUAACCAAAGUCAGAGAUAGUAUUUCAAAUAUGUAGUGCACUACUUCAAUUAAAGAUGUGGCUUUUAGAAGCCCAUCUCUAGAUUACACAUUUCUUUUAAAGCACACCCAUCCUUAAGUCUGUUGGGUUUUUUUCAUUGCAGAGGCAGGGACCUUUAACAAUAUGACAGUGUGUUUCUGGAAAGCGUCGGGGUAUGUGAUGCCAGGCAGUUGGCAGAGCAGAGACGUUCCCCUGCUGUUGCCACAGUGGCAGGCAGACGGCCGAGAGACAGACACGGCCUGACAUAUGCUGGCUUAGAGGAGACGAGAGUGCCGUGCUGAGCCCCAAACUGCUGCUGUUGUGUAGCUGGAAGGCUGUUCUGUGACGAUCACAUAGGCGCUGUGCCGGGAAUUUUUUUCGCCUGCCUUUGACUAAGCAAAGCAGCUUAUGUAAUAUUUUCGGGUCCUUGGCGAGAUCAAGCAAGCAGCCUCUGAGGCCCUUUAAAGCUUGUGUUGAUAAAUGUAUUGCUGAAUAGUGGCCUGUACUGUAGAACUUAAGCAUCAGCACUACAAGUAUAACAGGAAGUUUCUCCUGUAUGCAACUUGAUCAGGGCUGUGAGGAAAAACUUGGUUUAGUUGAAGAGUCAUCCACAUAAUUAACAUAACUCAGUUCCAGUAGUCAAGGGGGAGCGAAGAAUGUUGAACAGUGUAGGUAAGAGCUGUUAAGUUAGUUUAAGGACCUUCCCUUUGUGGAAAAGAAAAUAUUACCUUGGUACCCCUGAGACUCCCUCCAAGCCUUUUUCUAACAAACUCUCCCAGCUAUAAUGGCUGGGUCAAGUUUGUCUCACAGUUAACUUUUUCAUCUAUGAAAAGAUUUGAACUUCCUCACACUUCAUUCAAGUAGAUAUGAACACACAUGCACAGCUAAAAAGGACUCCCAUAACAAAGUGAUCUUGGAUUUCCUUGAAACGUACUAAAGUUGGUGUUUUAUGUAUGCUUGUGUGGUGCGCAUGUGAUACUGUGAGCAUUAGAGGAUUUCAUCGUGACUGUGGUGAGAUGAUGGUAAUUUAACAGCUCCACCAAAAUCACAAAAAUGUGAAAACCCCAAGGGCAGAAAAGUGUCACAUUUAAUCAUGAGGGCAGCAAAUAACUACAAGUGCCAUCUUUUUUUACUUAUCCAGCAUACUGUAAAAUUGUUACUCUACACAGCCACAUUAUCAUCCAUCGAAUUAUAAGUAAGCAAAACAUUUUCUGCCAUCGCCCACAUUUUCCUAUUUCCAACCGCAUAUUUCUAUCAUUUCAUCUGUGGCUCCACUUAUGGUGCGACUGUCUACUGUCUGCUUUUAAAUCUUGAACCCGUGAUGUGAAAUAUUUCAAGGGAACUUUUUUCGUAACCAUGCUGUUGAAAGAAGUGUCGGACUCACUGACUGAUACAACACUUCCUUGAACUUGGAAUGUGAAACUCUAUAAUUACUAGAUACAAAUUAAAAAGGUAGUCGUUUAGCUAAAACUAUUUUCAUCUCUUGUAUAUCAUAUCUAUAGUUAAGAUGAAUAUAAUGCCAAAUAUUCAUUAUUUGUAAAGAAAUAUAUAUAGAUAUAUAUAAAUAUAUAAUAUAUGCUUCAUUGAAACAUUACUAUUUUCUGCAUUUGCUCAUGUUUUGUUGUCGUUUUUUUUUAUUUUUUUUUUACAAGCUGAUAUGAUGGCAUGCGAAAUACUGAUUCUGAAUGUAGGCUUUUCUUUCGUUUGAAAUUACAACACUGUCCCACUGAUAUGUUAUGUAUUUAUUUAAGUCAAUCACAUGUGCAUUUUUAAAUGUGAGUUACUUCAGUGCAAGUUAAUGUAUCAUUGGGUUAUUUUUGUAUUAUUUAAGUAGUUUGCAACAACAAAUGCAUCCUUUUCCUCCGUUCUUACCUAGCUGAGCUAUUGAAAGAUUUUUGCCUCUUUGAGUAGUUUGGUCAUUGCUGAGGUCAUCCAGUGUAAAUAAUACUGCAAUUAAAUUUUUUGAAGAAAAAGUUUGAAAAAAA